AUGCACUCUCUGCUGCAUUUACUUAUAUCCUCGUCCUUCCUUUUUGGAGGUCUUUUGGCCCAAACUUGUACCAAUGGUCCAUACCGUACCGAAUUUGCCCCAGUCUUAACAAACGAUCGUGUGUAUAUUGUUGGGGGCACUAUGGAUUCGGCCGAUGUUUACAGUCUCGAUCUAUCGAAUGGGCUAGACAUUAACUGUCCUUACUGGACCAAACGUGACAAAGUACAAAUCAACAGCCAGUUCGGGCCGUUCAUGUAUGGAGUUGCAUAUCCAGCAAGUAGUGGAGGCACAAGCGAAACGUUGUAUGUUCAGGCUGGUGAUGGUGGUACAGAUGCGAUGACCAAACUUGUGCAAUACAAUGUUUCUGGAUCUUGGCGUGCUCCUCCUCUCUCAGGUGGAUCGCCUGCAGCUCGUGCCGCCAUGUCAGCAACUAUCAACUCCACAGGGACUGCAUUCUAUUAUGGUGGUCGUGCUCGACAAGGUUCAGAUACACAAUAUUUUGAUGACUUUUUUACCUUUGAUACCAACACUGCUUCUUGGGGAUGGCCUGAAAUCACCUAUGGCUGGGGGAAAGCACCCAAGCGCUAUGGCCAUUCAGCUACGCUGGUAGGGGAUAAAUUAUUUGUUUUCGGUGGAGCAGUGGCAUUGGAUUCCUCAGGCAAGAUGUACGCAGACUUCCAAAGCGUACUAGUGUUUGAUACUGUCGAAAAUACAGCACUAAGCAUGGCGACUAUUGGUGAUAUCCCUCCCGCUCGUUUUGGAUUCUCUGCUACACCAGCUCCGGAUGGCAAAUCGAUUGUCGUAUUUGGUGGUCUCAACACAUCAGCAUCUGGUUUCGAUAGCUCGCAAGACGUGUUUGUCUUAGACACAUGUACCUUGUCAUGGUCCAAGCCAGAAGUUAGCGGUGAUGCACCUGUUGCACGUGCAGGACAUGGUGCGAUUACUUAUGGCCAGUAUAUGCUUGUCAUGCUUGGAUACAGCGGUAUUCUCCAGUACCAAGACCAAAAGUAUCCAAAUUUGACAAACAGUGUUGGAAUUCUCGACAUGAAAUCAUGGAAAUGGGUAGACAAGAUCUCACACCAAGACGAUCCUAGCCGCUACGACAACCCUGGAUGCUCAUUCUCUUUCCCAAAUUUUCCUUCUGACACGAACGUUUAUGGUGGUGAUCAUCCUUUGCCAUACGAUCCAACAGUCAUCAGUAAUCCAAAUAAGCCGAGCAACGGUGCACGUAACAAAGGACUAGCCAUUGGUUUCUCGCUUUUGGGAGCAUUGCUGGUUGUCUUUGGUGUUUGGUGGUACAUGCGUCGCCAGCGCCGAAAGGCUCGUGCACUAAACCCACGUUGGCUACCAGGUGCUGUGACCUCUCAGCAAAACAAUAAUGACUACCCACUUUUUGUAUAUCAGGAUAUGGAGGGCAUGGCAGCAUCCGACGAGAAGAUCAAACGCUAUGGCGAAGGCAUGCGUACUAGUACCAGCAAUACAUACACAGCCUCUGACCAUGCUCAAUGGCAACGUUCGCUUGAUAUUGACAGUGAACAGCCUGAAGAUGGGCGUGCCAUGUCCAGACAUAUGGAUGUAUGGGAGCGUAUGCGGGAUCUCCAUGGACAACACAGUGAACAGGCCCAACAACAGAGAAAAACUGAUAACACACCAUCGUUUAGCUUGAUAUGA